AUGGCGCUCAACCUGACGGAGCCGGAGGUUCCCCUGGACACCGACCGAGCCGGUGACCCGGGGGACGGUUCCCCGCGGCGCUGCAGAGGGAGACCCCGGCUCACGGACACGGACCGGGCCCAGCGGCGCCUCGAGUCCCGGAAGAAGUACGACGUGCGGAGGGUUUAUCUGGGGGAGUCCCACCGGCUGUGGAGCGAGCUGCGCCGGAGGACUCGACUCAGUGACGCGGGGCUGGCGGAGUAUCUGAUCCUGCUGGAGUCCACAUGUGGGGACAAGGACCAGGGGACUCACCGCGGGAAGAAGAUUGUUCCAGAAGUCUCAGUGAAACAGAAAAAAGGCAGGAAGCAGUGUGUGUCCAGCCUGCAGAGCCUGGUGAGCUGGUACCAGGAUCACUCCCUCUCCUGCCCUCACGAGCCACAGCUCAAGACGCUGGAGCUGCAGCCCAACUUCUCCACCGCCGCCGUCUGGCAGUGUGACGCCAACCACUCCUUUGUGCAGUACCUGUUCUCACCACCGAGGGAUGCAAGUGACUCUGAGCGCGAGGAGGAGGUGAACGAGGAGGAGGAGGAGAACACGACGAGAACAGAUUCGCCCUCGGCUAAAAGCGCAGUGAGCAGGAGGAGAAGAAAAGAGACUCUCAAACUAUUCAAAGAUGUGGGAGAAAAUGAAGAUGUUUCUGAGGAACAACAAACAACCAUGAGCCCGAUCAAAGAGGCUGACUCUUCUUCUUCCAAGGAGGUCCCCCUGAUGGAACAGCCUGUGUGGGAGAUGGAGAUGGAGGAACAGCCGGGGUCCCCCCCUGAAGUGAUUGUCUCCAUCUCCUCAGAGGAGGAGGAGGCCGAGGAUCUGAGGCAAACCCGAGACCAGGAAGGAGAGAGACUCAUAGAAGAAGACAUCAGGACUACACCACUUAAUUAUGAUUGUGUUGCCAUGACAACACCCCUGGCUGAUAAACUGGAGAAGACGGACCAGGACUCUGUGCUGGUUCAGAGCUUGAGCAGCCCUGUGGAGCUGUCCGUCCCAUCAGGUCCCUCCAUGCAGGUCCAGGAGCAGAGUGACCUGUUCCCCCCCCACCCUCUGCAGGCGGUGGUGACCAGCUGUGAGACCCCCGACCAGAGGACGGCACUGGAGGGCUCUCAGUUAAUUAUAAUCACCGGGCCCAGCUACGAGGCCCUGGCGUCAGAGGGCAUCCAGCUCAGCAUGGGCGGAGCAACCGUGGAGGAGGUCACCUGCACGGUCAUCGGGGGCGUGACUUACAACCAGGUGUGCUCCUGUGAUUCAAAACUCACCACAGCAGAGGACGAGGACUCCAUGACAGGUCUGAGUGACAAACAGCUGCUGCAGCCGGUGGACGCUCUGGAACUCAGUGGAGACAGAGGACUGCAAAGGAAUCUGAGCAGUGUCCGAUCCAAGAGAAACCGACGCGGCCCGGUCAUCGAGGCUGACGGGAUGCUGAAGAUGUUCCACUGCCCGUACGAGGGCUGCAGUCAGGUCUACGUAGCGAUCAGCAGCUUCCAGAAUCACGUGAACCUGGUGCACAGGAAAGGGAGGACCAAGGUUUGCCCUCAUCCAGGCUGUGGGAAGAAGUUCUACCUGUCGAACCACCUGCAUCGCCACAUGAUCAUCCACUCAGGAGUGAGAGACUUUAUCUGUGAGACGUGUGGAAAAUCGUUUAAGCGAAAGAAUCACCUGGAGGUCCACAGGCGGACACACACGGGAGAGACGCCACUUCAAUGUGAAAUCUGCGGCUACCAGUGUCGCCAACGUGCCUCCCUGAACUGGCACAUGAAGAAACACACUCCAGAGGCUCACUACAACUUCACCUGUGAGUUCUGUGACAAGAGAUUCGAGAAGCUGGACAGUGUCAAGUUCCACAAGCUGAAGAGCCACCCUGACAAGCAGGCGACCUGAGACGCUGGAGCAAAGCGCCGCUGACCAAGAGCUGAGCAGGAACAGGAACAGGUUCACCCUCAGGAACCAGAGGACGACUUCCAGCGAGGACAGAGACGUUCCUCCGCUGUGGUUGUGUUGCUUCCCUCGUCCAGGAGGUCCAGGAAUCGCCUGUGGACACACAGACAGGGGACAAGCCGCUCGGACUGCUGAGCAGGAAACAGCCAGAGAGAAAAUCUUAAUCCACUGUUGAUAACUGACCAUCUAAAGCUCCUUCCUGAAUAAUGAUCAUCUGAUCCGAGCUACUCAACCAGAACGAGGCUCGGCUGCUCGGUCAAGCGUUGGAUUUCUCUUCAUCCUGACUGGAACGACUGUUUUGAGGCUACAGCUGCAGAUCUUAAUAUGAAAAGGAAUUAACUCUGCUGCAGAUACGCCCGGCGUCCACAUUACUGUGUAGUGGAGACGCUGCUGGUUCAGUUCUGAUUUAAAAAGACUGUACGGACAGAAACUGAUGGAAACGAUGACGUAGACGUUCACAGCCUGUUGCUGAUUGGUUCUUUACGGUCACAACGUAGCCUUCGCUGAUUCGUCAGGUUCCCGUCACAUGACCCCCUGCUGAAAGAAAACAAGGAUACAACACAACAUGGAGAAUCAAUUACAAGUGUUACUGACCCUGUUGUCUUAAUCUACAAUGAUACAGCUGUUCACGUAUAUUAUGUGAGAUAACUGACACUAACAACUGAAUACUUUCUGUGCCUGUGCACACGCAUGCUGAUCCAGUUAGAGACAUUUUGGGCUCUUAAGAUUUAAGGAAAGAAUUAAAUCGGGUGUUUGUCUGCUACAUCGAAGCUACAGACGUUAGCAUGGCUGGCUCACCAGUAUAAGGGCGGUGGCAUUUACUACAUUGUUGUGGGGUUACAAACACAACAUGGGUUUACCAACACACAAGUUGUUUACUAAUUUUGGGAGCUGGUCCGAUAUCAGUUCAGCGACAUUAGCUGCUCUGCCCUAGCCUGACGUUGUCAUAGUCAUAAUUCUAGUCAGAAUAUGAGUCUGAUACUGCUCCAUUGGGCUGUGAUCAUGGGGCGUGUUUCAACCGAACCAGGAAAAGAAAUGCCUCUUCGCUCAAUUGGAUAGACCUACAACCAAUCAGAGCAACGUAGUAUGUGACGUAUGUCAAGCGACAUUGUGAGUUGUUUACUAAGCCAGACAGUCAAGACUUUCUCUUACCAUUUGUAAGUAUUCGAUCGUCGAUUAAUUAUGCCCAUCCCUACUUGCAAGAUACAUGCUCUCUUUCUCCUUACCGAACUUCCCGACCUCAAAUGUUGUGGGCGGGGCUAAGUUCGUCUGGCACCCAGACUAGCUCUGCCCUGCUCCUUCCUGGAUCUGAGAGAGUCCCAUAACAAAGUCUAUUCUUAUCUUUAAACACAAUGGUUAAUGGUUAAAUCCUCCUUAUGAAGCCAUUUUCUUUCCAUGACACUAACAAUAUAAAUGUAAGCUACGUGGCUAACGUUGAGCAAAGUCACCUUGGAACAAAGCAACAGUCUAAUCUUUCAUAUUUCCUUAUCAGACUUUAAACACUAGAAGCUCUCAACUGCGAUACAGGAUUAUUUAGACAGUUUCCUUAUUCCCACGUUUUUUGCCGGGGACUUGCUGUUUACAUUUUUUGUGGCCUUUUGGUGAAACAGUUUUCAGCAGCGUGUGUAGCUGAUAUGAGCUAGUGGAGUUAAUAUGACUUGGCUUAAUUGGUUGGCUUGUUGAUUGCAUGUUCUUCCCGUGUUAACGUGGGUUUUCUCCAGCUUUGUCCCACAGUCUAAAGUUCGGUUGAGACUCUAAAUUGACAGACAUAAGGACGGACUGAUGACAUCUUGACAGGACCGUGAACACCUCAGCAGCUUGGAUGAGAAACCGUCUCUUUUCUAUCUCUGUCUGAAAUCGACAUCCACUGUUCCCACGACGAUUGAAUGUUUGACAGCGAAUAUAAUUUUCCAUUUAAGGAAAAAACAAUUGUGGGCCUUGAAAACCAGUAUAAUGGUCCUUUAGCGAUAAAGUGUGAUUUAAAUAUGAAUGCUCUGCCCUUUAAUACACAAUCGAGACAGAUUAUUGAUGACGAGCAGUGUGGAGGGUGAAGAUCUCACUACUCACAGAGCUCGUAGUGACACACAUGUCGGCUCUUUCAUUUCAGUCACUCAAAUGUGAGCAUCUGUUGUGUGGGACAUGUUUCUCCUUCUUCCAUCUCGGUCCUGACUCACAGGAGAUGAAUCCUGUAACUUUCAUGUGACAAUUUCUCAGGAAGAUUCAACUCAGCCCUCUUGUGUCCCGUCUGUUUUUCAGUUCCUGAAUAAACGCACUCACCCUGAUGAAUCACUAAAAAUAUAUGGAAAUGACU